AUUUCUUAACGUCAAAUGUCAUUUCCGGUCCCAUCACAGACUUCUUUACCUUACAGUGUUGUUUUGGUUUUUCAUUGUGAUUAAUUCAUUUAUGAAGAAUGAGACAAAAAUGUGGAAGCGACACAGAAAGUGGAUUCUCUCCGUCACGGCUUUUGUGUCAAUCACCACUCUGCUCUGUGUGUUGUACACGGGCAGGACUUUCCAGCCCCACGGGUCGGUGAACUUACAACGGUAUGUGCAGACCUAUCAGAAUGGGCAGUUGAUACCGAACAGUUUUUCUCCCUAUGUUCUUAACCGUGAGUACACGCUGAACUUGGAGGACGAAGAUGUCAUCGUGUUUCUACACAUACAAAAAACAGGUGGAAGUACUUUCGGGAGACAUCUUGUUAAAAAUCUGGACAUUGACAAGCCCUGUGAGUGUGUGCCGGGAGUAAAACGCUGUGACUGCCUUACUCCCAAGAAAACAUUAUGGUUAUUCAGUCGAUUUUCCACUGGUUGGGUGUGUGGGCUUCAUGCUGACUGGACAGAACUGAAGAAUUGUGUGGAGGAGCAAAUGGACAAGAAAGAGAACAUGCACAGAAACAGAAAGUAUCACUAUGUGACAAUUAUCCGCGAUCCUGUCAGCAGAUACUUGAGUGAGUGGAAGCACGUUCGCCGCGGUGCCACGUGGAAGACUGCCAGGCUCUACUGUAAUGGACGACAAGCCACCCUGGAUGAAGUGCCAUUCUGUUUUGAGUCCGAGACUUGGGAGGGUGUGACAUUGAAUGAGUUUAUCAAUUGUCGGGACAACUUAGCUAAUAAUCGACAGACUCGGAUGCUGGCCAACCUCAGCAAGGUCAACUGUUACAACCGAACCGGCAUGUCAGAGGACGAACGAAACCAUCUGAUGCUGGAAAGUGCCAAAGAUAACCUUCGUGAUCUCUCAUUUUUCGGUCUGACUGAGUUGCAGGUUGAGACUCAGAGACUGUUUGAGCAUGUCUUUCAUAUACAGUUUGUGAAAGAUUUUAUUCAAAUUAACACAACUCACAGCAUGAAAGCCAGACCAACUAAAGAGCAGUGGGAAAAAAUCGUAAAAUUAAACACCUUGGACAUUGCACUGUAUCAGUAUGCAAAGGAUCUUUUCCAACAGCGUGUCAAAGCCAUGAAUGAGGAACUCAAUGAUACGGCCCUCUUCCCAGACUAGGGGGUAUAUUCCCUGAUUUUAGGGAGUAUUAUUUUGUGUGCAAUGUCUUGAUGCAACACAGAGAAUUUAAAUGUCCAUCUACCACGGUGGUAAACACAAACAUUGUGGGAUAGCAGCAACAACCAAGUUGUUUUGCUGUAAGCAUAAUUCAAUGCUAUUCUCUGAUUAUAUUUGGGAAAGCUGUUGCACUGUAGUUCAGUAUCAGCAGAUGUUCACUUUAGAAGAGCUUAGCUAUUUGUAGAAGAUUCUGUAUAUGCACUGAAAAGUUUGGAGUAAGUGACGACAGUGUUUAAUUUCUGCUGAAACUCUACAUACAGUAAUUCCCAAUUACAAGAGCUUAUAAUGAAUAAUUAUUUAUUAAUGACACAUGUAUGUGCAGUAUUAUUCCCACUACAGCAAUGAGCCCUUGAACAAACAACUUAUCCUAAUUUGUAUGUCGAGUAUGAAAUGAAAAUACAGGUUAUUCGUAUGAAGUGGAGAAACAAAUUUAAACCAAUGUGGUUUUUUAAGUUGUCCUGUGUUGCAUUAUGAGACAGGAGUGUGGCUAUUUUUAGAUAGUUUAGAUAUUAAUACAUUUGAUUUAGAAAUUAAUACACCUGAUAUUUAGGUUAGUAGGAGAAGAUAUGCUUGCCAUAUGAUACGGUAGAUUGCAUCUGAUACCUUGUGUACAUAUAUUUUCUACAAGAUUUUAGCACCUUUUUUCCUUUUACAGUGAAAUUUUGUUAAUAUCACAUCUGCUAGUAAUUUUUGUAUAGAGAUGAAGGUUGAUGUGUCCCUCUGUGAAUCGUUGUGUUGUUAAUAUGACAUCUGCUAGUAAUUUUUGUAUAGAGAUGAAGGUUGAUGUGUCCCUCUGUGAAUCGUUGACAAAUACGUUGUGUUCGUGUUUUCCGCAGACGGAGUGAUAUUAUAAUCCACACGACCCAAAAAUACCGCUGCUUUAUGCCGUUCACUUGAGAGAUUAUGAUGAAGUCAGACAUAGAUAUAAUAGCUAUGUAAAAUGUUAAUGCAUUUCUUGUUAACUGUAAAUGAGAUUUUUUCACAAAUUAUGUCACCUGUUGACCUCUUUCUGAGGUAUUACUUUGUCCAUCUGUCUGUCACACAACAAGAGCUUUAUAACUGUAAUUUAAGAGAUGGGACUUUGUGUGAGGGUCAAGUAACGGUAUGUGCGUACCGAUAAUUAAGAUUUUUUUCCCCAAGUGAACAUGAAUAAUGUAACUAUCAUAGAAGUAUAGUAACUAAGGCAACGUAAACUAUUGGAUUUCAUCCCAGAGUGAAAGGAUGGCCAACAUUUUAAGUUUAUUCUCGACUAAUUUAAUCUCGGAUGUCGAUCUGGUUGGUCUUAUUUGUGUAAUGUGUGCAUUGUAUGAACCUUCUUCUCGUGAGGUCAGAAUGGCCUCCGUAAGUUUAUCUGUUGUGGAUGUAUCCUAUCUAAUUCAUGUGUGAAACACUGAAGGGUCGUUAGAUAUGCACACAGAUUCAAAAUAGCACGUGGUAUGCCAAUAAGAUUGUUUUGUUUUAUUUAUAGAAUACCGUAGUAUUGUGUGUACCUUUAAUAUAGGCCUUCAUUAAGGAUGCCAUCGGAGGCGACACACGUUCCUUGGAGGGAGGAGCUAAUUGUAUAACAUACAGGGAGUGAAUAUAAUGAAAACCUGCGGCACGUAUUGUACUAAUUUGUUAUCAAACACAAGGGCUAUACACCUAAGGUUGUACUGUACUCAAAUUUUUCAUUAUUUUAACUUUUUUUCUACUUGGACCAGAUCCUGAUUGACAACAAUUCUUAUUGUCAUAGUCUUCCUAAGUUUAGACUUGGUCAACAUUGUCACAGACUGCCUGUGCUGUGGACCAGGUUCGUGAUUUAGCCAACUUUUAACUAUGUUGAAUUCUGUUAUACUGGCAGGCUGUCUAAACAUUUCAUCAGGAACUCUCAAACAAUUUGGCUUCUGGGUGAAAACCCUACAUCCAUUUGAAACUCUAUUUGAACAUUACAUAUGGUCACUUAUAGGGAGAGGAAGAUACUGUCCAUUAUCCUAGCAGUCAGUACAUCCAAUAUAUCGGACAGCUAAGGUAGAUUUCAUUAUCCUAGCGGUCAGUACAUCCAAUAUAUCGGACAGCUAAGAUAGAUUUCAUUAUCCUAGCGGUCAGUACAUCCAAUAUAUCGGAAAGCUAAGUUAGAUUUCAUCCCUCUCUCUGAGGUACUGUAGAUCAUGUUUCUGUUACAGAACAUUUAUAUCUGAAACUCAUCACAAGACUCAGCCUCGUUUACAAUCUCAUCAGUUUAUGUCUGUAAUGUUGCUUAAUCACAAUAGAUUGAUAUUGUUUUUCAUGAUAUGAUUUAUGGACAAUUUUUACAAGAGAGAGAGAGAGAGAUAGAGAGAGAGAGAGAUUUCUUAUCUAAUGUCAUAUCACCAUCCGUGAGGGAAACUGUCAUUCUACUUAAAGAAUCUUGAACCAAAUAAAAUGGGGUAAGCUUUGCAUGGGGACCAAUCAGUUAUGCCUUUUGCUGCUUUGCUUGUUUAGAGUCAAGAGCCACUGCUUUACAAUGUAAGGGACUGAGGGAUUGUUAACUGCUUACCCAGCAUUUGUAUAAUCGGUUAUUGAGUAUAUAAUUAGUGAAUCAUGCAAUACGAUCAAUGUUCUACACACGUCACAAUGCACAAAGUGUUCUGCCAGAUUUAUAUAAAAUUGUCAGAAAUUCUAUGUACAAAUAUGUAUCCACUUCUGCUUAUAUGUAUUGUAUUGAGUGCUAGUACAUUUGUUUGUCAAUAAGUUUUUGUGCCUCUGUUCACUGGAGCGUGUAGUGUUCUCCUGUUCUGUCAUUCCAUCAUUCUGCAAUUCUGUCAUAAUUCAGUUUCCGUUGAUUAUCUCUACUACAGAUGCACGUAUUCAACUGAAAUUUGGUAUAUAGAUAUAUCAUGAGAUUAUCCAGAUCAAGUUUUUGGUUGAAUAUUUUUUUUACAGAGUUGUGCCCCUUGGACUUAGAUUAAUUUCCUCUCAUUAUCUCAGUCACACCAAGACAUUUUGAAUUGAAAUUUGGAAUAUAGAUCUGUCCUGCAAAUAUGCUGGUAGGGUUUGUAAUAAUUUUUAGCCUUAAAAAGUUUUCCACUCCUUUUCUCAGUCAUACAUGGACAUUUUGGAUUGAAAUUUGGGAUACAGAUUUAUCGUGAGAAUACGCAGUACUUAUAUGCUUUACCUCAGAUAUUUUUUGGCAGAGUUAUGGCUCUUAGAUGGGACAUUUUGUCUGACACAGCUACUGUAUUUACAGACAGGUUUGCCAGGGAUAGUCAUGUGCCAAAAGUGAAAAUUUAUUUUUCUCUUGUAUUUUAUAUGGAAAACAACACUUUGUUAAGUAAUCACCAAGGUUGCCAUUUUAAAUUCAUGAAUUUCAUCCAAAAUUGUUAAAAUUUUCAAUGAAAUAAGAAAGCCUAAUCUUAAUUUAAUCUUGAUUAUAUUAAAUCAUAAUUCAAUUCAGACUGAAUAAGAAAAAAACUGACUCGAGAUAGGAUGAUAGAAUCUUUCAUUAAUAUGAGUGUGGGAAUGGGGAAUGGGGAAAUUCCACCUAGGGGAUAACGGAUACUGUUCCCUUGGUGGUAUUUCCAUAUCCCACAGUAGUAAAUAAAGAAGGACUUUUUUUCCAGUUUAGUACAUUGAUACAGGAGCUUUGAGAAAAUUCAAUGUUAUAAAAAAAAUUCAUUUGAACUCAAAUACAAAAACUAUGUAGAAAACCCAAAAAUGGUGUACACUUUUACGUGUAAACUAAAAAAAACCAAAGCUGAUCUCCAGAAAACUACAUCAAAUCAAAAUUUAAAGAAAAACGAUACAAAAUAUUUUACUUUACGUAAUCAUAGAAAAUAUAUGAUGUCACAAUCAAUGACGUGGCUGUUUUGUAAGAUGGAAAAUUCUGUCUUUCACUGGUGAUAACUCGUGGAAAUUCAAGAGCUAAUAUUUGUAAUGGUGUAGGUUGUACAGAUGACGGAGGUCAGAAUAAUCGUAAAAUCCAAGUGUGGGAGUGAGGGAGACCACAAUACCGAAGCUGGUGAACGACAGUGGUGAGAAGUGUGUACCUGAAUAAACCAGCCCCCCCCCCCAAACAAAAAAUUAAAUAGAAUUAUGCACAGAAUGUGGAGGCAAAGUGUAUUUUUAAAUUUAUCAUCAACUCUAAAAAUUUGUCUCCGUAUGAUACCUAAAAAAAUUAAAUUGUAUCAAAAAGUGUUUGGGUUUUUUUUUUUCGAUGAAAUUUAUGGUACAUAUUUAUAUGUUUUUACAUGAAUGUUGAUUGUUAUAGAUACUUGCGUUAAAAUUCUACAGUUGAUGUGGCAUUACUAGUGAGCUAUAUCUGUCGCUGACUGGUGUAUGUAGGGCGAUGCUGAACAUUGUGCUCCGUACUUCCGAGUUUUGAAGUAAUCUGUCAGUAUUUUUAGGUGCUUUUAUACAAGACCACUGAAGGACCCAGUGGUUGUCAUUAAAUAUUGACUUAUUGAUGUGUAUUUUAUGUAUGUUAUACAUUGUGUGUGUUCUAUGAUCACAUGUUCACAGUUGUUAAUUACACAUAGGUUUGUACAUUGUAUAAACAAACGCGCUUUAACUCUUUCAAAGUGAAAGAAUACUGAACCUUCCUUUUUAAAUCAAAAGCCACAAAUUUUUUAUUUAAAAAGAAAUUAUAUAUACAAUAUUUAAUCUAUUUAUUAAAUUAUUUUGUUGAUGUCGAGGUACAUUUUCUGUCAAAGGGAGAGAACUAUUAAAAGGACAACCAAAGUGAAACAGUAUAUUAGAUUAUUGUUACAUAGAUCUGGCUUCUAAUUGUUCUGUGUUAUUUUAAACAAUAAAAUCAUUGAACAUUU